UCCGCCCGCCGCGCCCUGACGCGCCCGCAGGCGGCUGCGGAGCGGCGACGCGGCACCAUGGGCCGGCUGCUGAGGGCCGCGGGGCCGCCGCUGCUGCUGCCGCUGCUGCUGCCGCUGCUGGCCGGGGGAGCGUUUCUGGGCACGCGUGCAGCUGGGCCCGAGGAGCCUGGCCCGGAGGGCCUCACUUCCACCUCCCUGCUGGACCUCCUGCUGCCCACUGGCCUGGAGCCUCUGGACCCCGAGGAGCCCAGCGAGGCCAUGGGACUGGGGGCCGGCCUGGGCGCCCCUGGCUCGGGCUUCCCCAGCGAAGAGAGCGAAGAGUCCCGCAUCCUGCAGCCGCCGCAGUACUUCUGGGAAGAGGAGGAGGCGCUGAACGACUCAAGUCUGGACCUGGGACCCACUGCAGAUUACGGUUUUCCGGACCUGACUGAGAAGGCGGGUCGUAUAGAGGACACUGGCCAGAGUCAGGAGGGCUCGAGCCUCCCGUCUGCCCUGCCCAAGACGAGCCUGGUGGAGCCACCCUGGCACGCCAUCCCCGGAGAGGAGGAAGACGAGGAGGAGGAGGAGAGGGAGAAGGAGGAGGGAGAGGAAGAGGAGGAAGAAGAGGAGCAGCUGCUGCCUGUGACCAGAUCCCAAGAAGAAGCCCACCGUCAGGUCCACGGCGCUCCUCCCACCAGCAGCAGUGAGGCCCCAGGGGCCCCCGAACCCCGGCAUGAAGAGUCUGGGGACCAGGCCUCCUCGGGUGUGGAGGUGGGGAGCAGCGUGGAGCCAAGCUUGUCCCCACCCGCAGGCACCCUGAGUCCAGUGGCCCUAGGGGCUCAGGGUGUGGCCGGCUGGGGGGCAGGGGGCACGGCGCUGCCAGCUGCAGGGCGCGGGCUGGACUUGGAGGCCCCUCGGGAGCCCAGUGAGGAGGCCGCUGCGGGAGCAGCUGCCUUGGCCCGCCGGCCAGGGGAGGGGCGGUCCCCGGCCUCGUUUCCUCAGACAGAUGCUCCAGCGGGGGCUGGGGCGCCAGACGAAGACCCCCUGCACCCGGGAGCCUCCGCCGCUUUCCCGCUGGCCCCUCGAGACGUGGAGCUGACACCUUCCUCUGCCCCCGCGGGGCAAGGAGCCCUCAGCCAGCAGCCCCAGGAAGGGCAGGCCUCCGAAAGUCCAUCCAGAACACCCUGGGACUCCACGCAGGUGAUCUGCAAAGACUGGAGCAACCUGGCUGGGAAGAACUACAUCGUCCUGAACAUGGCGGAGAAUGUGGACUGUGAGGUGUUCCGGCAGCACCGGGGGCUGCAGCUGCUGGCCCUGCUGGAGGGGGUGCUGUCCCGCCACGGCCGCGGCCGCCACGGGGGCUGGCGUAUCUCCCUGAGCAAGCCCAGCGAGGAGGAGCAGCGCCUGCUGAUGGCCUUGGUGGGCGAGCAGGGGGUGGUGCCCACUCAAGACGUCCUCUCCGUGCUGGGCGACGUCCGCAGGAGCCUGGCGGAGAUCGGCAUCCAGAACUACUCCAGCACGGGCAGCUGCCAGGCCCGGGCCGGCCCGGCGCGCAGCGACUACGGGACGCUCUUCGUGGUGCUGGUGGUCAUCGGCGCCGCCUGCGUGCUCCUCAUCGCGCUCGGGCUGCUCUACAACUGCUGGCAGCGCCGGCUGCCCAAGCUGAAGCACGUGGAAAGCAGCCGGGCGUGGGACCCGAGCAGGGGGGACUGCGCGUGUCCGGGCGCGCGGGUUGGCGGCCAGAGGGCCGGCGAGGGGACGGCGCGGGGGCGGCGGGGUCCGGCGCUCGCCCAGCGGCCCCUCCCGCCGCAGUCGCACGGCGAGGAGCUGCGCUUCGUGGAGAACGGCUGCCACGACAACCCCACGCUGGACGUGGCCAGCGACAGCCAGUCCGAGAUGCAGGAGAAGCAGCCCAGCCUGAACGGCGGCGGCGCCGUCAACGGCCCGGGGGGCUGGAGCGCGCUCAUGGGGGGCAAGCGCGACCCCGAGGACUCGGACGUGUUCGAGGAGGACACGCACCUGUACCUGCUGGAGCAGCGAGAUGUGGAGGUGAACGUGCGGGACAAGUGGGACAGCACCCCCUUGUACUACGCCUGCCUCUGCGGGCACGAGGAGCUGGUGCUCUACCUGCUGGCCAGUGCCCUGCUGUCCCCAGGAGCCCGCUGCGAGGCCAACACCUUCGAUGGGGAGCGCUGCCUCUACGGGGCGCAGAGUGACGCCAUCCGCCGGGCCCUGCGUGAUUACAAGCAGGUGACGGCAUCCCGCAGGCGGCGGGGUCACUACUACAGCUUCCUGCUGCGGCUCCUGGAGCAGGGCGUCCACAGCGACGUGGUCUUCGUCGUGCACGGGAAGUCCUUCCGGACGCAUCGCUGCAUCCUGGGCGCUCGCAGCACCUACUUCGCGCACAUGCUCGACACCAAGUGGAAGGGCAAGAGCGUCGUGGUCCUCAGGCACCCCCUGAUCAACCCCGUGGCCUUUGGGGCCCUGCUGCAGUACCUGUACACAGGCUGCCUGGACGUCGGGCUGGAGCACGUCAGCGACUGUGAGCGUCUGGCCAAGCAGUGCCAGCUGUGGGAGCUGCUCAGCGACCUCGAGGCCAAGUUGGCUUCCAAGCCGAGCACGUGCGUGAAGGUGCUGACCAUCGAGCCUCCCCAGGCAGACCCCCGGCUGCGGGACGACCUGGCCCUGCUGGCCGACUGUGCGCUGCCCCCCGAGCUCCUGGGUGACCUCGGGGAGCUGCCCUUCCCUCGUGACGGCCACAGCAGCUGUCCUGACGUCUGCUUCCGAGUGGACGGUCACAGCUUCCUAUGUCACAAGGCCUUCUUCUGUGGCCGCAGUGAUUACUUCCGGGCGCUGCUGGAUGACCACUUCCGAGAGAGCGAGGAGCUGGAGGCCUCGAGCGGCCUCCUGGCCAUCACCCUGCACGGCAUCUCACCCGACAUCUUCACCCACGUGCUGUACUACGUCUACAGCGACCACACCGAGCUGCCACCCGACUUGGCCUACGAUGUGCUGAGUGUGGCCGACAUGUACCUGUUGCCAGGCCUGAAGCAGCUGUGUGGCCGCAGCCUGGCCCAGCUGCUGGACGAGGACAGCGUGGUGGGCGUGUGGCGCCUGGCCAAGCUGUUUGGCCUGGCGCGCCUGGAGGACCAGUGCACUAACUGGUGGAGCAAGAGGACUUCGUGGAGGCCGUGCGGGAGGAGGCUGCGGCCGUGGCGAGCCGGCAGGAGACGGACUCCAUCCCGCUGGUGGACGACAUCCGCUUCCAUCUGGGCAGCACGGUGCAGACCUGCAGCGCCAUGCAGCUGGCAGAGCAGCGGCUGCGGGUGCUGGAGGAGCUGCUGGUGUCCAUCGGUCUGGACUGCUGACGGCUGCAUGCGUGGUGCUCUGCGAGCCUGGGGCAUCAUGGUGCCUGCGGGAGCUCAGCGGGGCCCUGGGGAGGGUCACCUUGGGAUGAGACCCCUCCCACAGCACAAAGCAGCCCCAAGGCCUGGGGCUGGGCACCACUCAGGGAAACCGGGGGGGGGGGGGGGGGUUCUCUUAGGGCCUCGCUCCUGUGGCCCCUGCCCCCUCCUGGUGCGUCUCCCUGCACGGAGCUGGCUGCUUUGCACAGAGUGGCAGCGUCUGUGUAGCAAUGAAGCUGGGAUGCACUGUGGGAGCCUGUGUCCCCAGCACAGGGGCGGGGCUGGGGGAGCUCUGCCCACGCCCCCCCCGCCCCCCCCCGGUGUGUGAGGGAGAGGGCCCUAAAGUCUGCCUGCCGGACAGCCCCCCUGAUGACCAGAGCCCCCUUGGGGGCCCAGGGAGGUUUCACGAGGCCAGAGGCAGCCUCCCUCACCGGCGCAGUCAGGCCAGGCUCUGAGCCGCUGCUGUGCCUACAGCCGUGCGGGCUCAGCCUCAGGCCGGCCUGCAUGUCCGAGAGCCCGGCCCCGGGUGAGUGGACCCGGCCCAGCUGCCUCCAGCCACUGGCCAUGGGGCCUCGGUUGAGGGGGCACUGAGGAUGGAAGCCACCAUCUGUCUUCCCUCAGCCCAGGGCCUGCCUCCCUCAUGCCUGCUUCUCAGUGAACACUGUUGAAUCAAAAAAUGUUUCCUUAUAUUUUACUGGGAAAAAUCAUACAUGUAUUCUAUUUCAACCCAAGACCCCAACAUUUUCCACAUUUGGAGGAAUAGACCAACCCCUAGCAAAAUAAGCAGCAAUAGAAAAAAAAAAAACAGCUCGUAUGUAAAAUGGAGAGUAGGGGCAGGGGCCGCAGAUGGGGCCGCGUCCUGGGGGACUGGAGCAGAUGACGGCCGACCAGGGAUCCUAUUUGAAUUGUCAGUAUGUGUUUCAUCGUUCAUUUUGAUUUAAAAGUAAAAUUACAUUAAAAUGUUUAUUCUGAUUA